AUGGACGCCUCGAGGCUUGGGAGGUACUUGGAACAUUCCGCAGCUGCUCUUUUUCUUUUCUUUCUUGGAGCGGUUCGUUACGUUUCUAUUGUUGUGGAUGCGAUCUUGAUUCAAUGGAACGGCAACAAGAGAUUCAGCGAUGCAAACGGGUCACAUUCCAUUAUCGUCGUGUUGGGGAUUGCCGUCGCUACUUCCCUCAGAGGAAUAUACACUCCUUUGGCCGAGGAAAUCACUCAGUUAUAG